AUGAGUAAAUCAAGAAUGGAUAGUAAAAGAAGUAGCAAGUCGCAGCAUGGCUCGACUCUCUCAAAGGCACAAAGCGAUUACAUUACUGUACAUCAGACUGUACAAACAUUGAUCCAAACCAUGGCUCAGGAGACGGAAGAUCUGAGGGUUUUCUCCAAGAACCUAAAAGUAGAUGUACAAGAUCAAGCCUUAUAUGAUGCCGAGAGUCUUGGCUCAUAUGCAUACCGAGUUGAUAAGGAUACUUUCGACGAGUACGAGAGGACCUUGCGUGAUAUAACUCAGAAGGCAAAAGAAGUUAGAGAGAAAUUGAAAGCAAAGAGGGAAGAAGUUGACAAAAAGCAUAGGGAACUAAAAUACCAUCUCAUGAAGUGGGAGCAGGACGCAAAGACAGCGAACGAUGAGGAACUCGGGCAAUUAGCAGCAAGGAUGAGUGAUGAAUAUGCUAAGUAUACUGGUUUAAGGCUAGGAAAUUAG